AUGAAAUAUCAAUUGUGUCUUUUGUUAUUGAUUAUUCGAAUCGAUUUAAUAAGCGCUUGGGAAACUUAUGAACUUGAUUUAUUUGAUUUGGUUGAAGAACUUGGAUUGAAUACAAAUUUUUAUGAUUUUAUUGGUGUUGGAAAAACAGCUGAAUUAAGUGAAGUUAAAAAAGCAUACAGAAAACUUUCACUUCUUUGGCAUCCAGAUAAAUCAAAUGAACCAGAUGCUGAACAAAAAUUUCGUCAUCUUGUUGCUGUUUAUGAAAUAUUAAAAGAUGAACAACGUCGUGCUCGAUAUGAUCGUAUACUUAUUGAAGGAUUACCAAAAUGGAAUCAACCAAUGUAUUAUUUUCGACGAGCAAGAAAAUUACGUAUAUGGGAAAUUUUUACAAUUUUAACUCUUAUAUUUACUAUUGGACAUUAUCUAGUUCUUUGGGCGAGUUAUUUUGAAUCUACUUUGACUACGAAUGAACGAUCAAUGAAUGUACGUAAACGAUUAGAGAAAAAAAUGAAAAAAUCAAGUAAAAUUAAAGACAUUGAUCAAAAUAUGAUUGAUGAAGAAGUAGCUCGAAUUUUACCUGGUGUUGCAUCACCUCAAUUGAUUGAUAUAUUACCUAUUAAAUUUGCUUAUUUUCUUGUUAAUCAUCAAUUUUUAAUACCAUAUAUAAAAAAUUUUCUACAUAUUAUUAUAAAUUAUCGUCGUCAAUCUUCAUCAAUUGAAUCUGUUCCUCCAUCUGAUGAUGAUAAUAAUGAACACCAAAUAAUAAAAAAAUCUCCUGUCGUUCGACAAAAUGAUAUUGUACCUGAAAUGGCAACCAAUAAAAAUGCGCCUGUUGUUUCUUAUUUAAUAACAACAACAACUUCAUCAUCUGAAAAUAAUCAAUCAUCAGAUUCUCAAAAUUUAACUCGUCCAUGGUCGGAUGAAGAAAAACAAUUAUUAUGUAAAAGUAUUGUUCGAUUUCCACCUGGAACACCUCGACGAUGGGAAAAAAUUGCUGAUACAAUCAAUCGUCCUACAUCACAAGUAAUAGAUAUGGCAAAGCAAAUACAAAAUACAGUUGGUUCAAAUAAUAAUAUUCUUCAAGAUACUCAUUCAUCAUUUUCAACAAAAGUAACGAUCGAUCAAAAUUUAAUUACGGAACGACAACAAUGCGAAUCUGUUUCUGAUUGGUCACAAGAUGAUCAACAUUUACUUGAAUGUGCAUUAAAAACUGUACCAAAAGAUACACCUGGUAUUGAUCGAUGGGAACAAAUAGCUCGUUGUAUACCCGGUAAAACACGUGAACAAUGUUUAGCACGUUAUCGUUAUAUUGUACAACUUGUUAAAGCUAAAAAAAUGGCCUAA